UAUUUAUAAGUUUUGAAAUUUAUUGGAAUUUCUUUUGAUUGUAAAUUGUUUAAAUAAUUAUUUUCUAUAACAUGGCUUAUUGAUCGAUUACUAAACUUAAGUUAUCGUUACAGUAUUAAAAUAAGUGCAAAUUUGGUAUCGACUGCCGACGCUUAGCGUCUCAGCGAUGCCGCUAAUAGAGAUAAAUACAAAAAUGGGUAAGACUCAAAUAAACACCAAGUCAAGGGAUUACCUUAACGACAAAGAAACUUUUCUUAAAGAAUUGAAGCAGUUUAAUGAAAGUAAAAAUAUACCAUACAGAGUGCCAGUAGUGAAUGGUGUUGAAAUUGAUUUAUAUUUACUUUAUUCCUCGGUUCAACAAAAAGGUGGCUUGAGUAGAGUCAAUCAAACAGACACAUGGGAAUCAUUUCUACGAUUACUCAAAUUGCCCUACCCUUGUGUAAAUGGGUCAACACUUUUAAGAAGGAUUUAUGGCAUGUAUCUUGAAAAAUAUGAACGAGCCAAAGGUCCACCAGGCAGGGAUGAUGAUAAUGACAUGGAUGAAGAUCCGAGACGGAGUCGUAGCGGCAUGCCUAGAAUUAGUUUUGGUAGUGGCACUUAUAUUUCUGCAUCUGGUGAACAAUUAAAAACUACCACUCCAAAAUUUGCGGGGCCAUCAGAGAGGCUUACCUUGUCAUUGUUAUCGCCUAUGCCGAAUGAACAGGAUUUUGCCAUCAAUGUGUGUACAGUUCUGGCUGCAGACCAUUCAAACAGGCUGCCAUUGAAUAGUACCCCACACAUCUUAGAUUUUUUGCUGGCCCAUGCUGGAGUUUAUAAUCAUUCAAGUCUCCGAGACACAAUUGGUCGUUCAUAUUAUGAAGCGCGUGGUCGUUAUCCUCACGAUUUUUGGGAAAUGCGUGCCGGAGGUGGCGGAGCUAAGGAAUUGGCUGAUGAAACAAAGUUUAUGCAACCGGGAAUUGAACAGCCCGAAUUGAUGGUGCAAGCAUUAGCGGCACAUAACACAUUGACAGAUUGUCUCAUGAACGGUGGAGAUGAUGAUGAUAUACUGGAUAAAGUUGUUGAAGAUCUUCAUCAACAGGAGAUGGAAGAUUGGGUGACGGAACCGUCGGAGGAAGAUCAGCUCUUUGCACCAGAAUUACCCGGUGGAGCCAGUUGUGUGUACACACAGCGGGUCUUGCAAAUAGCGUCUAUUGUACGAUCACUGUCCUUCCAUGAAGAUAAUGUGCAAUAUCUAUCAAGAAAUACAACUCUCAUACGGUUUUUAUUACUCUGUGCAAAUUGUUGGGUGGGUACACUGCGGCAAAGUGGUUUGGACACUCUUGGAAAUAUAUCAACCGAGCUUAUAAUUAAGGAUCCUGCUACAUGUCUCAUUUCGAGGCAUGUUUUAUCAACGAUACAGACUGCAUUAUCGUCGCCUGAUCGCGCUAGGAUUUUAGCCGCGCUGGAGUUACUUAACAAAUUAGCCCAGAAUGAGGCUAAUGAAGAUGCGUUGCUGAGAUCCCUUGAAGCAAAGGUGUAUAGUGACGUGUGUUCGUUGCUAACGCUACGGGAUAUAAUGGUGCUCGUUUGUACGUUGGAGUGCGUGUACGCACUCACAUCCUUGGGUGAAGCGGCAAGCGAAGCGGUAGCUAGAGUCACUGGUUUAGUUCAUACACUGGUAUCUCUUGUUACUGUUGAGGCCCAAAGUUAUGGUCCACGCGCGUGUAUUCUAAUGCGUGUGGUGGAAACUGUGAGCGGACCCGCCGCUGUUGCUGAAAGGGAGUCGGAAAAACCUCAACAACAGCAGCCGCAAGUGCAAGUGAAGCCCCAAGAGCCGGUGACAACAUCGAGCCCUCACGCCCACAUCAUCGUGUCCAACUCAGCCCCGCCCAACGUCACGCCCACCACUUCUCUUUCCUCGAUACAGGUGUCGCACUUGCAUCAGAGAACUGUACAGGAAAACGAGCAUUUUGCCCAAGCGUGGUUGCGUUCGACGUACGAGCCGUUACCAGCGAACGACAAUAGUACGUGCGACGCCGCGGAAAUGUAUCGCAACUAUAUGACGUGCUGUACGAAGGUCGGACGUAAGGGGAUUAUUGCGCCUGCGCACUUUCCGAGAUUGGUCAGAACUGUGUUUGGGGGUACGGUUGGCCCUAAUACGGUGGCGACAUCCAGUGGCGAAAUGCAGCAGUUGUACGUAGGAAUACGAGCAAAAAAUACGGGCAAAGUCACUACACCCGCCGGACCGUCCUCACCGAUUCUGAAGGCACAGUUAACAAAUAAGACUGACGUCAAACCGGUUGUUACUCAAGCCCAGGCCCAACCAGCAUCUCAUCCGCAUUUGUCGCAAGCGUUAGAAUCGACCGCCAAUACGUCGACAUCGCUUAUAAAGCAUCUUCUCGCCCAUAAAGUAAGCCCCGGCAUUCAAACGCAAGUCGCGCAAAGACAAAACCAGAGAGCGCCUCCAGCAGGUGCCGUUGUGAUUCAAACAAAUACGAAUACGGGAAUGGAAGUGGAUCCGGAAACGUUGAUAAAAUGUACAACAAUAACUCCCGGGGGUGUCGCUAGUAACACGCCUUUGCAAGAUAAGGUCAAUGUGACAGAAGAUAUUGGAGCUCCGAAAGAAGCACCAGUCCAGAUACAAAUUGAUGAACAAGCUCAAUUGACUAUAACCGCGCAAAACAAAAUGUUAGCCGAUCUCCUAGAAAAGAAAUCAAACCCACCCGUGCAAGUAGUCCAAAUGAACCAGCACGCACCGACCAUACAAAUAACCGAAACCGGGCAAAUCGUUCAAGUCAAACCGGAAGCGAGCCAAGUCAUAGUUAACCCGGAUCAACCGGCGCCAUAUUUACAGAUUAAAAACGAGCAAGGCCAACUGAUACAGAUAAAAAAUGAUUCGGGACAGAUUAUACAGUUGAAGAGCGAUCAGGGCGUGAUACAGUUUAAGAAUGAUCAAGGGCAAUUGGUACAGAUAAAAAAUGAUAGUGUUAUACAGAGUGCUAAAACUGAUGUGGACCCUAUCGUUACGGACCAUUCGUAUACGGAGCCGCCCUCGAAGAGGCCUAAAGUCGAGGACAAAACUGAGAAUAAUUCACCGCAAGAAAGCGUCUCAAAAACAGCAGCAAAUUUGUACGCGGCUCUCGCAGCGUCAGCCCUUGAGGAUGAAGAGGAUUUGCGUCCCCGUGGGAUCCUUGUAUCUGGUCCAAUGGCCUCAAAGUUACCACAGAAACCAGAGAAUUCAGAUGCAAUCCAACAGCCAGUGUUAGUCGGCGGUGCAGGGGAAAGUCCGGUUAUCAUCCAGGAGCCGAUUUUACAGGUGCAACAGCCAACGCUACAAGUGCAACAGCCAUCAAUGCAAGUUCAGCAAUCAUCAAUGCAGGUCCAACAACCGGCGCAUCAAAUGCAACAACCAAUGCUGCAAGUGCAACCCAUGGAUGUUCAAAAUAUUAUCUCAUCUCAAUCCGGACAAAUUAUAUUACAAGAGAAAACCGUUACAUCCCAGCCGCAAUUUGUCCAACAACCGAUGCAAUUGAUUGCGACACCAAACACAUCACAAGGGAGUAUCGGUUACCUAUCACAAAAUAUUCCAGGUAAUAUGAUGCAGAAGACCAUCAUAAUAGUACAAGGAGCUACUGGAGGACCGCUAACAUUGACGGUGAACAACCCGAGCGGUUUGGACGAGGCGACACUAAACAGCCUUAUUGCGCAGGCCACAGAGGCUAUAACCCAACAACAGAUUAUACAGAAUUCCCCCCAGAUAACGCAAAGUCAGCAACCAAUUAUAACAACGCAACCGCAACCCCACAAGGCACAGAUCGUCAACCAACAAACCCAACAAAUAGUUGUUACCCAAAAGCAACCACCUGCUCUAAUAAGCACGACCACUGGCAACCCCAUUGGCAAUCAACAGAUUAUUCAAGGCAACCAACAGCUGUUACAAGGCAACCAGCAAAUUAUUGCAGUGUCAAAUAAUCAACAGAUUAUAGUGAAUACGCCCAUGAAGCAAAACGUUCACAGAGUUGUGCAACCACAGAGGAUUCAAACAUCUGUGAGUAAUGCAGCUUCAGUGCAGAUUGAAAGUAAAUCUGUUGUGCAAAGUCCUGCGAAAACCCAACAACCAGUAAUGCGGCAAGUGAUAACCAGGCAACCAGUCAUGGUUGGAAACACCAAAAUUGGGGAGAAGGAAACAGUUGUUUCACAACCAGUCACAGAGCAAAAGCCACCAAAGUCUGACCCUACUCCACCACCUCAGCCUACAACAUCUCAGAAUCAAGAGGACACGCCAUGGAUUUGCCAUUGGAAAGGAUGUGGGAAAACGUUUACGAAUGCUUCAAGCGUGUUCACGCACGCGGCGCGUACGCAUUGCCCGGGGGGUGCGGGGGGUGAGGCACCCUGUAUGUGGGUCGAUUGUGAUCGGGUGCCGCGAAAGACAUUUGCCUUGUUAAACCAUCUCAAUGACAAGCAUUGUACCCAACAGGCUCUCAAAGCAAUAUACAAUUCGCGACGUCAUGCUGCGGCUGAGCCAGAAGCGAACAAGCCGGUCUCCGUCGCCUAUCCACCUAACGCGGCUCUCGCGGCUCUAAAUAAGCACGCGACUGACUUGUUUAACCCGAGGGAACUUAUGCACAAGAACGAUCGCGCAAUGGACCAAGGGGAUGAAAAUGAGGGGCCGGUGACGAAAAGCAUCCGUCUAACAGCUGCACUUAUAUUGAGGAAUAUCGUCAUUUACUCAAAUACAGGAAGACGAAUGCUCAGACAGUACGAAGCCCAUCUUGCAUCAAUAGCUUUAAGCAGUGUUGAAGCAUCGCGAACAAUUGCCCAGGUCUUAUACGAUAUGAACAAUAUAUGAGAAUAGCUUUGUGGGCGAAAGCCCUAAAUCUUUUUGUAUGUUAAAAAGCCUUAAAUAUAGUAGGAGAAAUUCCUUUUUAAUUUAAGUAUUGCAUUUAAAUAUAAAUAGUUUUUGAUACCGGAUAUAGAUACUAAAAAAUAAUUCUACGUACGUAUACGUACUCGUACUUACACGUCAAAUUUUGAAGUGGAUUACUGAUGUAUUGAAAGUCGAUUAAGGCAAAUGUCGUAUUACUUCAAUUACAUGUUAUAAGAUAGAGCGGCUGCGGGUCUGAGUAUGUUUGUGACGGUAAAUGUUUAAUCAAAAGUGUGUAAAGAAAAUAAAACAGACCUGAAAAUUACAUUGAAUAAAUAUCUCAAAUGUGUUUCAGAGUUUAUCAAAAUUAUUAUGGAUUUUGAUAACUAAAAUAACACAAUAAUUCUCAAAAAAAAUCUUUGGUGGUUGUUUUUCAGUUUUAUAAGUUUGCUCCAUUUAAAUAUCAAUUAAGAACUUACCUGUAAGUAUUACUUGUGUAAAUAAACUGAAUAGGGGAAAUCAAUCUAAUUUUUUUCCAUUAAUAUACCUGUCGAAAAAACUUACGCCUGUAUCUAAAUCAAACGAAGUCUUAACUAAGGUACUCUAUCAUCUCUUUCUGUCAUUUGUGUUUAUCCUGCGAUAGAUAGAGACAUAAGUACGUUGGUGAAAGUGCAAAGAUAAACUUUUUAUGAAUAAGGUGAUGAGAAUUUGCCAGAACUAUUGAAAUUAUGUAGAUACAGUGUAUAAUUGUGUAUUUAUCUGAUGUUUGUCCUUAGCUUAAGUCUUAACGGAGUGGAAUAUACUAUA